CCUUGCUUCCACGUCAUCAUUGCUGCACUGUUUAAAUAUAAUAAGAGGUAUAUAUAAAAUUUGUAUACAGUUUCCAUACUCCAGUCGCCGCUUUAAAAUGCAUCCCUGCCAGAAAAAGCAAACUGCAUUUCUAAAAAUAUUACAGUAAUAGAUUAUAAACGAGCCUUCUCUUCUUUAAUACAAAGUCAGAGAGCAAUAGCCCUUCAAGAAUUUCAUUUUAUCUUUAUUAAUUAAUCGAGCUGAAAAUGGAGGCAGGAGUUGCAUGCAAGUUGAAUUAUCCGACAUGGAUUAGGUUUGGGAGAAAAUCGACUGGUUCUUUGCGGUUCGAUCGGAUAGCAAAGCAAGAACACAAGACCCGGGUGGUUGUUUCGGCCCACUUUCCGGUUCAGACACCUUCCAAUCGACAUAGAUCAGUCUCUUUGGAGGUUUCCUGCUCUUCCUAUACGAACUUUUCAGCUUCAACAAUGGAAACUGGAAGCAUUCAUGCGCCUUAUGAUGAAGCUUUAAUGUUAAAGAAUAAGUCACUAGAGGUUGAGCCAUAUUUAAAUGGGCACAGUAUAUAUCUUGUUGGAUUGAUGGGCUCUGGAAAAACUACAGUGGGCAAAAUUCUCUCCCAUGUACUCGGUUAUUCAUUUUGUGACAGUGACACAUUAAUAGAGCAGGAGGUGAAUGGAAUGUCUGUAGCUGAAAUAUUUAAGCUUCAUGGGGAGAGUUUCUUCAGAAAAAAGGAGACUGAGGUAUUGCAGAGGCUCUCUUCAAAGAAACAACUUGUUGUUUCUACUGGUGGAGGUGCAGUUGUACGGGAUGUGAACUGGGACUAUAUGCAGAAGAAGGGGAUUGUUGUUUGGUUAGAUGUACCUUUGGAAGCCUUGGCACAAAGGAUUGCUGCAGUAGGUACUCAUUCUCGUCCCCUUUUGCAUUAUGAAGAUGGUGAUCCAUAUACAAAGGCUUUAAAACGUCUGUCUUACCUUUUGGAGCAGAGGGGUAAAAAUUAUGCUAAAGCAAAUGCCAGGGUUUCAUUGGAAGAAAUUGCAGGCAAACUAGGUUAUAGAGAUGUAUCAGAUCUUACUCCAACAGAGAUCGCAAUCGAGGCAUUGGAACAAAUUGAAGUGUAUCUAAAGGAGGAAGAUGGCAUGGCCAUUGCAGGAUUAUAGUUUUGAAAAAGCUUAAAUAUGGUGAUUUGAUUUGGUUUUAUUUGUAGCAUAGCAUGUCAAAAUUGCCUCAUUUUUGUUUUGUUUUUCUUUUUAUCUCUGCCACGGUGUAGUUUGUUUACGCAACUAAGUUGUGAAACUCCCCACGUAUUGUGACUAAAUAUCAUGAAUUUGAUGCACUCGUGUAUGUUUGCCUGAUUCAUGAUAUUUCUUUUUUGGUA